CAUUGUUCGAGAGUUCCUGCGCGGUUUAGCCUGUUUCACAUAGUAAUGAAUGACGUUUUUACACAAAUAAGGACUGUAGAUAUACUUCUUGGCACCGAGAGUAACGGAGUGACUGCGACGUUAGUGUGUGCUCAAUAUAAUACCAUAUAACGUGACAAUUUUAAUCUACUUUGAGCCGAGGGAAAGAUGGCUGGAAUUCUGUUUGAGGAUAUCUUUGAUGUAAAAGACAUCGAUCCAGAUGGCAAAAAGUUUGACAGAGUGUCUCGUCUACAUUGUGAAAGUGAAUCUUUCAAGAUGGACCUCAUCUUGGAUGUCAACAUUCAGAUCUAUCCUGUGGAUCUUGGUGACAAGUUCAGACUGGUCAUUGCCAGCACGCUAUAUGAAGAUGGAACACCAGAUGACGGGGAGUACAAUCCUCAGGAUGACAGGCCGUCCAGGGCGGACCAAUUUGACUAUGUGAUGUAUGGGAAGGUUUACAAGAUUGAGGGUGAUGAGACUUCAACAGAAGCAGCCACACGCCUCUCUGCCUAUGUCUCUUAUGGUGGUCUCCUCAUGAGGCUGCAAGGAGAUGCCAACAACCUCCACGGCUUUGAGGUGGACUCCAGGGUUUACCUCCUCAUGAAGAAACUGGCCUUCUAAGACCCAACUCUGCUCGCCUACUGCCACAGUCAACCUUACAGUAAUACUGAACUGCAUACUGAAAUAUUCAAAUCUGGAGCACACAACCUUUUCCAAGAGCUGUUCACAGACAGAACAUAUGGAGGUUGUUGUUGAUUUUUGUUCUCACAACACAAAAUGUUUCCUCCAAGGAGAUGGACGAAGGACUAAAGAGUGUGGCACUUCAGAACUGUUGCAACUUCCAUCUACUGGCAAACUGUAAAUAAAUAAAUUUUUA